AUGGCCUCCUACCCGUCAUCUCAGGGCAACAUCCCGCCGCCGCAGUUUCCCAUGCCCUCACCACAGCCCGACCAGCCAUCCUACGGCUACCCUUUUGCCGACCCUGCUCACAGCACCAGCGACUUCCCCGUCGCCGACGCCGCGCCGCCUCCCAAGCGUAGCAAAUGGCGGCACUUUGUCAAGGGCACCCAGGAGAUGAUCAAGAAGCGCUGGCCCCGCUACUUCUUCCUCACCGCGGUCUGUCAGGGCAUCAUCUGCAUUGCCUUCGAAUCCUAUACAUUCGGCAGGUUCAAUGCGGGCGUGGACGAGGAGACUGCCAAGCUCAAACAGACUGCCGAUGUCGACGCGCAGCUCAAGACAAUCCCCACAUUCCUUAGUCUCUUCAUGCUCGGCUUCCUGUACGAGGUGGUUCUGACUUGGGACGCGCUCAUCGCCAAGAAUACCAUUCAGGUCAUCGGUCUCGUCAUCUCCAACUUGGCCCUGCUCAUCUACACAUCGAUCCAGAUCAGCGAUAUCGGUAUCGCCAUCGACAAGCUGCGGGAUGUCAACAUCAUUCGGGGCUUCGAUACCUGGUGGUCGGUGCAUCCCAUGCUCGUUGCCAUUCCGUGCAUCCUUGCGGUCGGAACCAUUUCCUUUGCCUUGAUUGCCUGGAAGCUGUACCAAGAAUUCGCGUGGGAUAUCCUCAAACAUAUCGGAGCCGACUACCGCAUGAAGAAGAGGUUUCUCCACUACCAAAUCUACAUUGCUCUGCUCAAGUUCGAUUUCUUCUUCUUCAUCGGGUUCACCGUCCAGUUCCUUGUCGUCGUUGGAGGUAGCAGUACGGUCGAGACCGCGCUGACAGCGGCAGCAAUUCCCGUGACCAUGGGCAUUCUACUGGCGGCAGCCUGGUUCACUAAGAAGGAGUUCAAGCCUGGUGUGUACGGCAUCGUCGCACUUUACCUCGGCGGUCUCGCCUACUUCAUCUUCAAGCUCGCCAGAAUCUACGAUCCAGGCCACGCAGAGGCGUACAGGCCGGUCGCCAAAUCGCUCUCCGCCUUCGCGGUCCUCACCAUUAUCCUGAUUGUCUGCACAAUCGUCAACGCCUUGGUCUGCAUGUUCAACUUUGGGCAUGGGCUCAAGCAGCACCUCAAUGCGCCGAGGCAGGAGCUCGACAAGGACCAGGUCAGCUACUCGCUUAACGACGUCAAGCAGCCCCAGAUUCCGAGCAGGAUGACAAUCGACUAA